ACACUUUCAACUUUCAAACAUCCAAACAGAGUAAUAAAACAGAGCUCCUCUGUUUUCAUUCUUUAAAUGAUUCAAAGAUUUGAUCGAACCGAUCGCCGGAUUCUUACAUUUCCGGCAGUUCAUCCCUGCGAGGGUAUUUCUCCGGCCAUCCUGUUAGAUUCUUUAAUUACUCUCUCACAAAACAUUUGUAGUUAUCAGUCUAAUUUCUUCCCUACUCAGAAAAAAAAUGCUCGAGAAGCCAUUCGCCAAAUCGGAAUUCUCCGUAUUUUCUUCGACGAAAUUCGGGACCGGAGACUAAUUCUAUCGGAAUCAGUUGUUCUUUCGCUCUCGGAGCUACACCUUACGUUUCAAAAGAUUCAGUUCUUGUUGCAAGAUUGUACACGUGAAGGUGCUAGCUUAUGGAUUCUGAUGAAGUCUCAGUCUGUUGCAGCUCAGUUUCGUGCUCUAACUCGAUCGGUCGCUACGGCUCUCGAUAUUCUUCCGUUGAAUGCGAUAGGUGUUUGUAGUGAAGUGAGGGAGCUUGUUGAAUUAGUAGCAAGGCAAGCUCGGAAAGCGAAGUUCGAGCUUGAUCGUGAAGAUGAAUGGGUGUCGAAACAAGUUUAUUUGAUAUUGAAUUAUUUCGAGAAAGGAAUCGAGCCUGAGUUGAGUGUAAUCAAACAGGUUGUUGAUUAUUUGGAGAUUAAAAGGUGGAGUGUUUGUGCUAAGGAGAUGAAGUUCUUGGAAGAUGAAAUUAGUUUUCAAUGCUCAAAUUGUGAUGAGAGGGAAGUUCCAUUUCUGAGUGGUUUAUUAGGGUUUAUGAGCUACUGCAGAGGAGUGAUUUUCGAAACACUGGAUCAUCAAGUUAAUGAUCCAAGUGAUAUAAGAUGCAGCAUGGAGACACCUACCUGCUUAAAUCCUGAGGAUUUUCGGUGUCCGAUUUCACUCGAGCUAAUGACUGAUCCGGUGACCGUAUUCACAGGACAGACUUAUGAUCGUUCUUCUAUUGAGAAAUGGCUCAAAGCUGGGAAUUUGAUCUGUCCGAAAACAGGAGAAAAGCUGAGAAGCAAAGAGUUGGUUCCUAAUGCUACUCUUCGAAAGUUGAUUCAACAGUUUUGUUCUGAUAAUGGAAUUUCUCUAUCGAAAACGGGGAAUAUAAGUCGAAAUAUAUCGAGAACUAUCGUCCCAGGUAGUUCUGCAGCUGGAGAAGCUAUGAAGUUGCUUUCGAGAUUUCUUGCGAGAAGGCUGGUUUUCGGAUCCUGCGAAAGGAAAAACAAGGCUGCUUAUGAAAUUCGAUUGCUUGCCAAGUCAAACAUAUUUAAUAGAGCUUGUUUGAUUGAAGCAGGCACAAUCCUACCUCUGAUAAACCUUUUGUCCUCUUCAGAGGGGUCUACACAAGAGAAUGCCAUUGGAGCUUUAUUGAAGCUUUCAAAGCAUACUACUGGGAAGGCGGUUAUUGUCGAAAAUGGUGGACUGAAACCAAUUCUUGGAAUCCUGAAGAGCGGAUUGAGUUUCGAAGCGAAGCAAACAGCAGCUGCUACAAUAUUUUACCUAGCUUCAGUGAAAGGGUACCGAAAAUUGAUCGGUGAAAUGCCCGAAACAGUUCCAGCACUUGUGGAAUUGAUCAAGAGUAGGACAACUUGCGGCAAAAAGAAUGCAGUCGCAGCAAUUUUCGCUCUUCUUUUAUACCCAGCGAACCACCAGAGGGUGCUUUCGUCCGGUACUGUUCCAUUGCUGCUCGACAUUUUAGUUUCAUCGGAUAAGGAUGAACUCGUAGCCGAUUCGCUAGCAGUUCUCUCAGCCCUAGCUGAGAAUCUGGACGGAGCAUUAGCCAUCCUGAAAACUUCAGCAUUAUCAGUAAUCACAAGAAUGCUGCAAUCUUUUCCAUCAAGAUCCGGGAAAGAGUAUUGUGUUUCGAUAUUGGUUUCCCUAAGUAAACAUGGAGGUGAUCAAGUAAUCGAGAUAUUAGCAAUGGAUCGUGUUCUUAUGAGCACAUUAUAUUCACUUUUAACAGAUGGAACAUGUCAUGCCGGCAGUAAGGCUCGUAAUCUGAUGAAGAUUCUUCAUAAAUAUCGUGAGACAAGCUCUUCUCAAUCAAUGGCUUCAGCUCCUUGUGAACGACCGGUUCAUGUGAGGUGAAUGUUUUGUUCUGCUCUUACAUUUGUUUAUGUAGAUGUACACAUUACCAUAUAUAGAUUUAAUUACAGCAUGUAGUAAAGGGUAAUUAGCUCGGUUUUUAUAAGAGCUAAUACAACUACGGAUAGAUUUGUGGAACACAAUUUAUACUGUAAUUUUCAUAUUUUUUUUGUAAUAUUAAAUAAAACAAGUUGCUGUAUUUACAAAUA